UUCUGCUUCAGUCCCUCUUUUAUUCAUUCCUAUUCACGGCAUUCUUUAAUUAAUCCCCAGUUUCUGCGUAUUGCCCCCCCAUAUAACCCGGUUAUUGAUGGCGGGCUCGUUCGUCAUCGAAGCCUUUACGCUCCUUGGUCUCGGCAUUCUGGCCAUUAUCAUUCGAAUAAUCGCCCGCUGGACAACGGCCGGGCCCAGAAGGUUUCAACUCGAUGAUUACCUGAUGUCGUUAGCAGGGGUGGUGUACGCGCUCGAAACCGGGGCUGCUUACUGCGUUGGCGCAUGGUGGAGAGGACUCGCAAACAACGCAAUGACUGAUGCCCAACGCGAAGCCCUCGAUCCGUCGUCGCAGGAAUACGCCUGGCGAGUCGGGGGCUCCAAAACCCAAGUCCUGGGGUGGUCGUUGUACACGACGCUGCUGUGGCUCCUCAAGGCAUGCAUGGCGGUGUUCUACUCGAGAAUCACGGCGGGCCUGGUCAAUAUGAAAAUCCGCCUGCAGAUUGCUUACCUCCUCAUCGGAACCACCUACAUCGCCGUCAUCUGCUCCAUUCUUCUCGGUUGCCAUCCGAUCCAGAAGAACUGGCAGAUCAAUCCGGACCCAGGCAAUUACUGCCAGCCCGCCGUCUCCAAGAUCGAUAUCUACGUGACGGUGGUAUUGAACGUGGCUACAGAUAUCUACCUGAUUUCGAUUCCUACUCCGAUCCUUUUUAGGGCUCGUCUUCCAUGGCGCGAAAAACUCGAACUCCUCGUCCUCUUCAGCGGCGGUAUCUUCGUCAUGGCGGCCGGUAUCCUGCGCUGCGUGUUAAUCCUGACGGCCGGCGCAGAUGGCGCCUCCCAGGCAGGCAGUUGGGCAUGCCGUGAAACCUUCGUGGCCGUGAUCAUCGGCAAUGCGCCCAUGAUCUACCCCCUUGUGCGACGGAUCGCCAAACGAGCCGGCUGGUACAUCAGCACCAAGGGCAUCUCCUCGCAGAGCUACCACCUCACCGACGGCGAAGGGGGGGAAACCCGCAACAACGUGAAUACCUCGUCCCGGCUCUCGAAGAAACGCCGUUUCCGCCAUCCGCUCUCGAUUCCGGAUACACACUGGAACGGCACCGUGAGUGAUGAGCAGAUCAUUCUCCCAACCCGAGGGAGAAUCCCGCCCGAGAUCUUCUGUACCAAUGGAGUGGCGGAUUGGGAUGCUCUGAGUCGGAGUUUGAGUAGUCGCGAGGGGGGGGGGAUAAAGGUUGUCCAGGAGACGAUUAUCCAGACCGAAUUAAAAGAAUGACCUUCUUUUCUUUUCUUUUCUCUUUGCCCCUUUUCUUGCUUACAAUAUUAUCUAUAUUUAAUCCGUAGUGAUCAUGGGUGAAAGGAUG